CCUAUAAAACCAGCCCCUCAGGGCCAGGCCAGGCACCUUCUCUCCCAGCCAGUGUUUUGAGAGGACAUUCCUCCACCAUGAGCUUCUCAGGAAAGUACCAGGUCCAGUCCCAAGAGAAUUUUGAAGCCUUCAUGAAGGCUGCUGGUUUACCUGAUGACGUCAUACAGAAGGGAAAGGAUGUCAAGGGAGUGUCCGAAAUUGUACAAAAUGGAAAUCACUUCAAGCUCACCAUAACUAGUGGUAACAAAGUCCUGGUGAACGAGUUCACCCUGGGCGAGGAGUGUCAGCUGAACACUCUGAGUGGAGACAAGGUCAAGGCUGUAGUGAAUCUACAAGGAAGUAACAAGCUGGUGACAACUUUCAAAGGAAUCAACUCUGUCAUUGAACUCAAUGGAGACACACUCAUCAGCACCUUGACCUUGGGUGAUGUUGUCUUCAAGAGAAUCAGUAAGAGAAUUUAGACAUGUCUGCUUUUCAUUUAUUUUUGGUGUGUAAAAUUGGUAUAAUAAAA